CCAAAAGUGUCCCGCAUCCGCAUCCCACUUCACCUGUUUCCUACGCCUCGGCACCCAAACGCAAUAAGAGCUAAGAGGCUCUAGUCCAGACGACGUGUUCACUGCAAAUUCUCUUUCUUUAUCUGUCUGGACUUCUCUGUACAGUAUUCCUCCCACUACUGUACAACAGACCUACGCCCGCCAUGUCCAAACACAACUUCGCCCCACUGAAGAAUGACCUGCUCCUCCGCACUGCCCGCGGCCAGAAAGUCGAGCGGCCGCCCAUAUGGGUCAUGCGACAAGCAGGUCGCUACCUGCCGGAAUACCACCGCGAGAAGGGCAACAAUGACUUCUUUGAGUGCUGUCGAAACCCCGAGAUCGCCUCCAACCUGACCCUGCAACCUAUCGAUCGCUUCGAAGGACUCAUCGAUGGAGCAAUCAUCUUCUCAGACAUUCUGGUCAUUCCGCAGGCGAUGGGGAUGGAAGUCAUUAUGCUCCCAGAGAAGGGACCUCACUUCCCAAGCCCAUUGCAGAGUCCUGAGGACGAGCAGUACAAGGAGGUCAUGGGAAGAGAUGUAGACGUGGUGAAAGAGUUGGGAUAUGUCUACGAUGCGAUCACAUUGACAAGGAAGAAACUGGAUGGAAGGGUACCGCUCUAUGGGUUUUGCGGCGCGCCCUUCACAUUACUGUGCUACAUGGUCGAAGGAGGGGGUACAAAGGUAUUCAGGCAGACGAAGACGUGGAUCUACAAAUACCCCGAGGCUUCGAAGAAGCUGUUGCAGAAGAUUGCAGAGCUGUGUGUGGAAUACCUUGCGCAUCAAGUCGCAGCUGGAGCACAGAUUGUGCAGAUCUUCGAUUCCUGGGCAGGAGAGCUAAGUCCAGCUACAUUCAAGGAGUUCUCGCUGCCGUAUCUGGAGUGGAUUGCAGACCAUCUGCCUAAGAGACUGCAGGAGCUUGGCGAGGAAGUUAUGCCAAUGGUGGUGUUCGCCAAGGGUGCGUGGUAUGCUGUGGAUAGGCUGUGCCAGACCAAGUAUGAUGUCGUUGGGCUAGACUGGUUGCACGAUCCAAAGGAAGCCUAUGCAAUCGCGCAAAAGCACGGCAAGGUCUUGCAAGGUAAUGCCGAUCCUGGAGUGUUGUACGGAGGCCACAAGGCGAUAACAGAAGUGGUUGAAAACAUGGUUGCUGGUUUUGGUGGUGGUAAGCAAGGCUGGAUUGCCAACCUUGGCCACGGUAUUACCCCAUGGGUCAACCCCGACGAUCUGAAAUUUUAUUUCCAAGAAAUCCACAGGGUAUCAGGUAGCUCAUGAUCUAGUGCGUACGCUUCCACAAAAAAGCGCUUGCCAACUACAAUGCUAUAGGUGACCACCUGGAAGACAAGAUGCCGAAACUUGUCGAUAUCAAGGCAGCUGAGCAGAAAAUGCACGAGCGAAACAUACUACACAGCGAUUGGUAGCUUGGAAGGCCUUCAAGUCGACGUGAGGAACACCUUUGGCGGCUGGCACGACCUGCGAUGUCCAGCGUGCGACAUGGCCAAGGCAAGACCACGGCAUCAAAACAGCGAUGCGGCGGAUGCAGAGGUUGUAAAUACGCCAGCUCUUGGACGACAUAGAAUGAAACGACGGACUAGUUAUCUUCGCCAAUGUCUUCAUACCUGCAUAUAACUGUCAGUCAACACUCAUCGAUGCUCCUCAGCCACGCAUAAUGACGA